AUGACAUUCACAUUAGCCUCCAUGUGCACACUGCUCGUGGUAUCUGAUGUCUUAGGCGCUGGCACAAAUAGCUAUGGAGGAGGUAACACCGGUGGUUGGAGUAGUAGGUUCACUGACAACGGUGUUGGUGGUGGAAAUGGAGCAAUCGGAGGUAAUGGCGGACUUGGAGGUAAUGGUGGACUUGGAGGUAAUGGUGGACUUGGUGUAAAUGGCAGCUUUGGUAGUAAUGGCGGACUUGGAGGUAAAAGUGGGCUUAGUGGCAUGGGUGGACUUUGGGGUAACGCUGGACUUGGUGGUAAUGUUAGACUAGAUGGUAUGAAUGGACUUAGCGGGGAUAGAGGACUUGGCGGUAAUGGUGGUAUUGGUGGUAAUGAUGGACUUGGCGGUAAUGGUGGAAUUGGUGGUAAUGGUGGACUUGGCGGCAAAGGUGGAUUUGGCAGUAAUGGUGGUAUUGGUGGUAAUGGUGGACCUGGCGGUAAUGGUGGACUUGGCGGCAAAGGUGGACUUGGCGGUAAUGGUGGUAAUGGUGGACUUGGUGGUAAUGGUGGAAUUGGUGGUAAUAAUGGACUUGAUGUUAAUAGUGGACUUGGAGGAGGUAAUGGUGCACUUGGCGGACUUGGCGGUAUGGGUGGACUUGGCGGUAUGAGUGGUGGUAUGGGUAUAAUCAAUGGAGGCUUUGGUGGUCUUGGGGUCGGAUUCGGUAAAAGUUCAAUGGGAGGUGCUGGAAGUUUAGGUAUGAACAGAUUGAGAAAAACCUAUUAG